AUGGACGAAUUAACAGAAACCUUUCAAAACGGCCCUUCUCAGGGCCAAACCUCAAACGGUCCUUCUCAGGACCAAACCCCAAACGGCCCUUCUCAGGGCCAAACCUCUGAAGAUAGGACACGGGUGAGGACGCCUGUUGUCCGGGUGGAGCGCAUGGUGCUCAGGUCGCGUUCAACGACCCCUAAAGCGCCUGAAGAGAAGACAGUGGACAAAGCUAGCUGUGGCCUUACGGAGACGGACGACCAGUCUGACACAGGUAGCCUCAUCACAGUGCGUUCACAGUCAGCACAGGACGAUGCGGAUUCAGACUCGGCUAUGAGCUGUAGCUCGAUGGACGAGAGCAGGUUUUGGCGGAAGCGCAAAACUAACCCUGACAGCUCGGGUUCAGAUGCCGAAACCAAAAGAGGCCGCGGCAGGCCUCCCUCUACAGGGCAAUACGUCGGCCUCGCCAAAACGAAGGAGGAGCUGAACCGCGCCAAAAGAGAGGAGCUCCGCCUUAGGGCGGAAGAAGAGGCAGCCGGUCUCGCGCAGUCGCUCUCGAUUCGCAGCCAGCCUGGCAGCGGCAGGAGAGUAGCGAGCCUGCUGCAAGACGAGGAGGAACACACUGUGGGCUCUCUGAUCGAGCAGGUGAAGACCAGCCUGAGGACAAUUGAUUUGGUGGCCUCAAAGUCCUCAAAUCUAAAGGGCACCUUUGUAAAAGCCCUCAAUGAAGCCGCCACGUCCAUAGGUGUUGCUUUCGAGGAGAUUAAAGACCGCACGUCCUCUGAGGAAUCGCGGCGACUGCAGACGCAAAACAACCGUCUGCGAGCGGAACUGAAGGAGCUCCGCUCCGAAAUGGAGCAGCUCAGAGCGGAACUCCGGGCUCAAUUCAGGAAACAAUCCCCGGUGCCGUCUCCACCGAAGGAGCAGGCGCAGCCCGCCCGUUCCCCUGAGCGACCCAACAUGGACGAUAUGGUGCGUGCCGUGACGGCUCAAGUGGGGCUGAUGCUUGACGCACGGUUUGGAGCUCUCGAGCUGGAGGGUAGGCUUCUGCCGGCCCAACCAAUGCGGCCCCCGUUGGCUGCUGACAGGCGACGACAAGCCGCACAGGCGGCUUCACAAGAACUAGCGGCGGGGCCAGCGCCCGCAACUAAGACGACUGUAGGUGGACCCAAGUCGGCUUCAACCUCCACUCCGAGGCGAGGCCCUCCGAAUUUUACUGAAGAGCCCCAAAAGGGCAGCAAAACGAAAGGGAAGGGAAAAGGAAAGAAGAGCGUGGCCCCAACAGCGGCUAAGGCCACCACAAACCCAUCUUCUCCCUCGACCUCAGCUCUUCCUCCCCAGCCAUCAGUCCCUGCGCCCGUGAGCGAGGGCUGGAAUGUGGUGGCCCGAGGCAAGAAGAAAGGGACGGCAAAAUCGCGCCUAGCGUCCCAGCCAGUGACGCAGCGCCAAAAGGCCACCAAGCCUAAGCCGCGUAAACUCCGCCCGCCUCGCUCGGCGGCGGUAGUUCUGACGCUGCACCCGGACGCUGAAGGAAGGGGCGUAACGUACGCGCAGGUGCUUUCCAGGGCGAAGGAAAACAUCGACCUGGAGCAGCUAGGCAUUACUGCCAUAAAAUUUAAGCGGGCAGCCACUGGCGCAAGAGUCCUUGAACUGCCAGGUGCAGCCAAUGGUGAAAAGGCCGACUCGCUGGCAAAAGAACUGGCUGAAAAGCUGGGGGAGGACAUAGUCCGAGUCUCCAGGCCGGUAAAGUGCGCGGAGCUGCGCCUCACGGAGCUCGACGACUCGGUGUCGCCUGGUGAGGUUGUCGCAGCGGUUGCUAAAGUCGGCGGCUGCGCAGAGGCCCAGAUAAAGGCAGGAGAAAUCCGCCAAGAUGCCUCCGGCCUCGGUACAAUCUGGCUUCGCUGCCCAAUCACGGCAGCCAAAAAGGUGGUGGAAGCUGACCGCGGGCGAAUUCGGGUAGGAUGGGUCCGUGCCGCAGUGAAGCUGCUCGAUCAGCGUCCCAUGCGGUGCUACAAGUGCCUCGAAAAGGGCCACGUAAAAAGGCGGAUCAUAGGCUGGGCUCUAAGACUUGUCUAG